AUUGAUUGAUAAUUUUUUUUUUUUUUUUUAGUAUUAUUAUUUAUUUAUUUAAAUACUGGUUUUUAAGUUUAUCAAGUGGUUUUUAAAUUGUGAUUUAAAUUGUACAGUGAAAUGGUGAAAUAGUGAAACAAAAAGCCCGAAAAAAUUUUUUUUUUUUUUAUUUUUUAAUAUUUAAUUUUUCUCUGUUGUCUGUGAGCCACAAACGAGUCUCGCAUCUCGACCUGUACGCAUCUAAGUCUCCAACAAUACUUAUAAAAUCAUUAAACAAAUUUUAAAAAUUAUCUAAUUCAUCAUUAUCAAAAAAUUACAUAUUUUAAUAAUUAAAAAUGAAUUUUAUUUGGAUUAUUUGUGGAUUUAUGCUCUUGGAAUUUGUUGGAUCAAGUCCAAUUGUUAAACGUGAUGUUCAGGAUAAAUCUUCCAUUAAUGAGAUAUUAGUGUUGGAAAAUGAUCCAGAUGAAUCACUUGUCGAAGAAAAACACGGUGAAAGAGAAAAACGUAAAAUUGGAAUAAUAAAGCUUGGUGUUACAAAUGGAAUAAUAAAUUUUGUAUUUGGUAAACUUGAUGCAUUUUUAGAUGCAAAAACAAAAGCAAUUGGUGUAUUGGAUCAAUCGAAUAAAGCUAAAAAUGCAAUAUACGGAAUUGACAAUACAUCAUCCGCGACAAAUGCAUUUUUAACUGAUAUAAUUGGUAAAAAAAUUCAAGCUGGUACUGCAUCAAUUGGACCAUUGAUAAAUAGUGCAACAACAUUUAUAUCAGCAAGUGGACAAGGUCUUGUUGGUGCAAUAACAUCUAAAUUUGCUCCACUAAGUGCAUUGUCUGGUGGUCUCUCCCAAGGCUCCGGUGGUGGAUCACAUGGUAGCGGUGGUGGUGGAUCAGGAGGUGGAUCAGGAGGAAGUGCUGGUGGUGUUUUAAAUAUAAUAACAAGUUUAAGUGGUAGCAGUGGUGGUCUUAGUGGAGGAUCAAGUGGUGGAAAUAAUAACAACAAUGACGAUGAUGAUGAUGAUGAUGAUCAUCCAAGUCCACCUGGUACACUUCCACCAAUUGGAAAUCCCGGUGGAUCUUAUGGAAAUCAUGGAUCAUUUGGUGGUGGGAUAUCAGCGACAACUGAAGACAUUCCCGAAUUUGACCGGAAAAAAGUGUCUCUAGAUAUUCCUCCUCAAGCAAUUGGCGGUGGAUUUACUCUCGUUACAUCAAUCAGUAAAAUUAUAAGUAAAAUAAUUCUCAACUCAGCUCACCGAACUGAAAGUGUCCUUGAGGUGUUUAAGCCAAUAUUCAGAGGAGCUUUUGCAAUAAAAGGACUACCCUCUGACAGGGUUAAAUAAUUAACAAAAAACAACAAUUCGCAAAAAUUAUUCCAACUGCACCCUGGCUUUUCUCCAACCUUUCUCCACCCUUUCUCCAACUUUUCUCUAACCUUUCUCCACCUAAAACUUAUUCCGUAUGUAUUAAUAUGUUCACACUUUAUUUGUCACCUUAUAGUCACCUUGACACAGUCUCGUACAAAGGAAUGUAUGAAAAUGCUGUGCAUUAAAACCGUAGCAUUUCAUCUCAAAUUUGAGUUAUAGUAAUGGAAAUUUUUUUCAACUAUAUUUUGUUUCCAAAUGUGCAUGUUAAUUGAUCUCAGGUCAAAAAGGAUAGUAUUAAAUAAAUUAAAAUUUUUUAAUCAUGGU